AGAACAUCUCCUCUGUGUGCAAUAGAAUUUUUGCUAUUACUUUUGCGCUGUUACUCAGAAGUGUGGGCCGUGGUUUGGUUAUGUCCCUUUUGUUUGUUUGAUCGAAGUGAAAUAGUGUAGAACCGUACACCGAAAUCGGCAUAACGACACGAUAGGAAUAACACUAAAUCGAAGGAGCAGCACACUGCAUCAUACCAAUCCACACCCAAACAAAGGGCAAAACCACAAAAUGGCAUCGCCCCGAUGUUCUUCUUUCGCGUUCGAAACUGGCUUCCCCGGAAGCCCACACUCCAUCACCAGUAACCACGGCAGCAAUGGACCCUCCGAGAUCACCGCUCGAUCUCUAGCGCGGUCGUGCGGGCUGCUAUCGGCUACGCUCUGGAUCGGAUACACGCUCGGAGCUUCGAAAGCGCCACCCACUGCGCCGGUGCUUUCAUCCGAUUUGAACGUGCUAGCAUCUCUGCGCGUUCUAGCGGACCGGUUCGAGGAAUGGAUCCAGUGGAUCGUUGUUCCCCUCUAUCUGCUGGGAACCGUGACCUAUCUCUCGGUGCGAACCUACAACGAUACGGAUUGGACUUUGGUGCUAUCGAGCACAAAAACGAGCGAAAAAAAAUUCAGAUAUUCGCUCCUCCCCUCGCUCAGAAUGGCGAGCACGGAGACCAUUCCCGAGGAACCCGAGGAAGAGGGCUUGAAAGAAGAAACGACGACGCCCUUGUCCGUCACACCCCUGCCUUCACAGAAGUACGACAAGCCGGCCCCGAUCGACAUGAACGGUACUUUCAAGGUGGUGGAGAACCACAACUUUGCAGAGUUUUUGAACGCCCAGGGCCUCCCUUGGUUUCUCUGCAAGGCAGCAUCCAAGGCCCGACCCACACACACUUUUUCGCUGCCCACCUACUCGGAUCUGACCAUCACCAUCAAGGGGAUCAUCGAAUCAGAGACCCACUACACGAUCGACGGCCCCUGUACGGAAACGACCAUCCGGGGGCGGGUCUUUCGCGAUUCGGUGAACUAUCUGUACGAAGAAAGCGACGAAGGCGAAAACGACGGCGUCUGCGUCGGCCUGCGCACCACUAAGGUGUCCGUCGGUGAGGGGUACGCGGUCCACGUUCAGCGGCGGAUCGUUCCCGCCGGGGCCACCUAUGCUCCGCCCAAGGGGCAGCACGCGUACGACCUCGGGACUCCCGCGGACGUCGACCGGCUGCUCAUGACGAACACGCUCGUCUACGACGAACCGGCCAAGGGGGGCAGCGGCGUCGUGGCCUCGCAGCUCUUCCACCGGCAAUAACAGUGGCGUGUGGCUAAGGCAGGCGAACGAAACGAAACAGAACGGAACGGGGUUUGGUUUUGCGUUGGUGCUAUAGUGUACCACGACGCAGUAUAGAACAGGUAGCAUGGUAAAAUGACAAGAAAUGAAAAAUCAUAGACCACCAACCAUAGAGGAACAAACACCGUGGGUUCUUCGUUUGUUCCAAUGAACCAGAUGCAUUGGGCAGUGUGCGGUACCGUUUGGUUUACACGUCGCAUUCUCUGUUUCGACAAGAUUGUUGUGAUAACGACACGCCACGACGUUACUUGUACUAUAGUACGAUAGAAAGCAUGAUGCUUUAGUACAUGUUUAUGUUAUGGAUCCAAGGAAAAAUGCACUAAUUGAUCUUUGCCGCUAUGAACCAUGAUGGCCUUAUCGUUGUAUGAGUGCAUGGAUUGUCUUCCGAAAUAUACAAUGAUUUAUAUCUGCCGCACGUGGCGGAGCAUUUUGUGGUUAUAUUGAUUCAAUCCAAACCAAAUUGGCUCGAUGGGUUUGUCUUCGUAUUGGUUUUGAUUUGUUUUGUUUUGCUGUGCGCCAUCCAGCCACCACAUCCCUCAUUUAUGGCCGGAGGGGUGGCUCCUUCUCGUAAAAGGCAUCGGGGACUUCGCAGGCCGACGAAUACUCCCCUCCGUCGGAUUCGGCUUCCUCGCUGAAAAGGACGCACUCCUCGCAGAACUUCAGCACGUCUUCGGGGCCCAGCUCAUAGAAAUCCUCAAAAAUAUCGCAGUUCCCGGUCGCGACGCAGCGGUCGGCGCAAUACUUUUCCGGCUUGAGAAAGGCCAUGCGCUCGUCCCGCUUGUGAUCGGCAAAGGCGGCCCGGUCCUCUCCGUCGAGCUCCAGCAUGGAGGAGGGGUAUCCGCUGGGGCUGGUUUCCGAGUCCGAGAGCCGCGAGAGAACCGCACCCUUGUUUUUUUUCAUCCACUCGCCCUCGUAUUCCUUGCGGUGGUCCUGGCGGUAGAGCUCUUUGUCGAUCAUGUCGGCAACCCAGUCUGUCGAAUUGAACGUUGUGAGGGUGAGGCGAGGUGAGAAAUUUCAAGUGGGUAGCAUGUUGGUUAGCUGGCGAGACUAAUGGGAUGUUGCGAAACGAAACGAAAUGAAACGAAGGAGAAAUCCAUCGCACUUGAAAUCUGCGGUCGCAGUUUGUUUCCGUUUUCCGGUCGAUCGAUGCACGCCUUGUGCAGCCUGCUGUGGCUCGUUGCGCUGGGCUCCGAUCCUUCGGUUUUUGGCGCUGCCAAGUUCUUUCGUGCCGUAUUGCUUCGGACGUACCUUCCAGAAAGACCCGCGUGUCGCUAGAUCCGUGGCGGCGGUGGUGGGACGCAUACACCGGCCGGAAGGCCUCCACUUUCGACGUGAGGUGGAUCAUAGCGGCAAAGAAGCCGAUCGCGCCCAUUAGCGCUAGCGAGAGGCCGAUGAUGAAGGCCGGGUUUCCGACCAAGCUGCUGGAUCGGUGGAUCUUUGCGAUCGAGUGCCUCCGUCGGAGCUGCGCCUGCUCGUAUCGGUAGUGGGAUUUUUCUUGUGAGGCAAUCGUCAUUUUGUGGUGCCGCGAGUUCAGUCGAGUUCAGUCGAGAUAUGUUUCAAGUUGGUGAAUAACAGAAAAAUAGUUGUGAUGGGUAUCGGAUACACCAAUAAUAAUUAUUGACAAAGCACAAGACAAUUCCGUGUCGUGUCGCGUCUUGUCUCCGGCUUCUUUGCUUCUUUCCUCGUGCAAAGAAUUUCUCUGCGAGCAUUACUGGUACGCGUACGAAUGUCGUUCGACGAAUCCGUCGAAUCCCAGUGAUGGAUGUCACUGCUGUGAGGGUGAGUCGAAAUCCAGUACAAAGCAGGGUACAAACUGGCCAGAAAGAUUUUUCUUCUGCUUUCCAAACGAUCAUCAUGGGAAGUACGAGUACGUACCGUCCGGUAAUACGGCGUAUGGGCAGACACUCGAAGCCAAUCGGUCCCUGGUUUUUGUUUCAUUCUAGAAACAAAAAAGCGUCACGACCAUCCAAUAAGAAUCGUGGAGGAGAUCGACCAUGGCGGACACGAAUGAACCUCGCUGCCUCGCACACAAAAUAAACCCAAGAGAACCGUGGUGCUUUCGUGUCACGAAUGAAGAAACUAAGGUAGGUCUACUCAAGCGUUACAAUCAGCCCAAAACGGACGGUAGUAGACGGUGGCGAGCUUAGAGCAUUGUACUACGAAGUAGACGAAGUAGAGGCAAAAGAGACUUUUGGGUGAGAUUGUCUAUGAUUCUAAGUGGCAAAGAGAUCCUGAUGAACGAGGGACGAAAGAUCACAACAAGGAUAUGGGAAUGGAGCUUUCAUCUCGGAACAAGUGAACCAAAAUUACGCCUCGGUCAGUUACAUCGACCAAAGAUGCUGGUGGAGAGGUACGUACAUUGCUACUGUUGAAAAUACACAAAUUUGAUAUCAAGCUAGCAGUGAUAUGAGAAAUUUUCACGCAAUAUCAUAUUGGUUACUCUGAGUCUAGGUUGUCGUUGGGUUUGUAUUAUCAUUCGAGUUCCAUCACAUUGCACGGGAGAAAUCUUGAUUCGUGUACUUCCAAUUGAAGUCAGUAGAGCAGUGCAGACUCUUCAAGUCACCAUGGUACCAGACCAAACCAACAUUUAUACGACUGGAAUAGGAAACAAGCGAAGUAAAAUCACGAUUGUCGAGCAAGCAAGUCAGUGCAUUGCUUGCCCAUCCACCGUAUAGAUCUCGUUGUUUCCAUGUGAUCGUUCAACCUCCUUUUUGCAAUCUUUUCCAAGCGUAUUCUUUCCAAGACAAGCUUGAUAGUUAACUGAGCAGCUAGUUUCGCCAGAACGGAAAGACCACAAAAGCAAUGUUCUCAUCACAAAACCCAAGCGUCCACACGACAAGACACCGCACGAAGAUCCACUAUCUCUUACGACCACACCCACAUUCGUGAUGGAAACACGACGGCUUUUCUUUCUCAUGAAUAUCUUACCACGCUUCUAGUAUUGCAUAGAAUAAAUCUAGCUGUAUCAU